AUUGUCAAAAAGGGCGAAGAAGAAACUCAAUCUCAUAGAGUCAUAGUUUCUGAUUUCCUAGAAAACCCAAAUCAAAGAAGAAUCCUUCAGAAGACAGUUAAUCACUUGGUCAAUUAGCCGGAAAAAACAGAACCCUAGUUGUUAUAACAAGACUCAAAAGAAGAAUCAGAAGAGAAUCAAUUGGGAGAUUUGUUGGAUAAGGGAACGAUGGAUAAGCUAAACUCAGAUAUGGUAUUAGAAACACUAAAUCGAUUACCCAUCGAAUCCGUUUUGCAAUGCAGAAGAGUAUGUGCAAUCUGGCGAAAUCUGUUGGGUAAACCCAAGACAGCGGAGAAAUAUUAUGAGUGUGCUGGAUUUGGUUAUUGUCAUUCCACCUGUGCGUACAAGGUUGUCAGGAGUUUGUACAAGGGAAAUGGCAAGCAUGGCGUCAAAGUUUACACUCUUGGCAAUGGCAACGGGUGGGAAGACAAACCAGAAGAAAUUUCCUAUGCGUUCACGGGAACGGGCGUUUUUGCUAAUGGGGCUGUGCAUUGGUUAAUAGAUACUACAAUAUCUAAAUGUGACAUUGUGGCCUUUGAUUUAGAAGAUGAAACAUUUCGGUGUUUGCCAUCACCACUUUUUCAUUUUACUUGCAAUUCCUCUAUCAAUGUGACACUUGAAGGGGAUCUGAGUUUGUGUCUACCUUACAUAGAGCAAGGUGAACCUAUGAUGGAUGGAUGGGUAUUCAAGAAGAAAAAUAUGAACAACUGCCGACUCAGUACUCGUUUGGCAGAGUGUACCUACAUCAACUCUUUUACUUUGGAUCAAGGUGUUCAGCAGAAAAUUGGGUUAUGUCUCAAAGUGCCAACUAUUAUCCCUAACAGAGAGUAAAAUUCUACUAUGGCAAAAUGGCGUAAUCUCUUGUUAUGACAUUAAAGCUACAACUGCAACGAAACUUUGGUGUACUGAAGGUGCAAAAGGGUAUGUCCACGCAACUCCUCAUAUGAAUACCCUUGUUUCGUUGAAAGAUCUUGGAGAAGAUCUUGUUGAUGUUAAGAAUUCCAUCCGAAAAAGUUAGCUUAAAUUGCUUAGUUGAAUAACGAGUGUUCGCAUUCGAGCAUUUAAACUAUUCUUCAUUCUAUAUAUAUUCUUUCAUGCUUUUAGUGUUAUUCUUUUCCUAGAGAUUUUUUUUAUUGCCUUAGAAAGAGGCAAUAAGGCCGUUUAAGCCACUCGAACUUGUCCAUACUCAGUUUAGGUGCCUAUUGACCUGUCAAGGUCUGUUGUCUGAAUUUGAUUCUGGGGUUGACUUUAAUUUUGAUUCUGAUUUAGGA